UUUUACUUUAAUCCCAAAAUUCCACGUUGCUUUUUUCGUUCCAUUUUUUCUUAACAGCAGUAAAAACAUUUGCGUGCUCGCUGUGUGCAGUUCCUCAACAUCGCUAAUUCGAUUUUUAUUUCCCUGCCAAAUAACGCGUGAAUUUUCCCAUUCAUUUUCUUUCAAAGACAGAGUGUUACGAUUUAACUCAAUUUUACUUGUUAUUUAUUGACUUAGAAAGGUAUUUCGGUCAGCCAGUCUUAGCCCGCAGUUUGCAUCCAGAAAAGAACGAGCAAAAAAGACAGACAGAUGAGUGACAAUCGCAGGUACGGGGGAGGGGCUAAUGGGGGAGUGCCCCCUCCUUAUGACGUCGCCCACAGGAUCUACAGCAAUCCAGCGGCGGGGGGAAACGACACCGUCUACUACAACGACCAGUCUGAAGAAGGUGGCUGCUGCAGCUGUUUGGGUAGAGUUCCCUGGCUGACUCUUCUGGGGGUGAUUCUGGUCGCAGUCGGGUCCUCCUUCCUUAUGCUCGGUUACAAGACAUUCGCACCCGGAGUAUACGACACAUACGAGGCAGUUAACUUCAAACCAGUCAUGGAAAAGGAAUGGUCAAAAAAGACAGCAGACUUCAUUGAAAAGGAGGCGGAGCAAGGAAAAGACUCCUACUACAGUCCGGAGAACCCCCAGUACAUAAUACUGGACUCGUGUCUGGCAGGCGCUGGCUCUCUGUUUCUGCUGGUGGUGGCUCUCAUGAGCAGUGGACUCACGAGGAAGCACUGUUGUGAGGCGAGGUCAUGUUGCCAGGGAUACUGUCUCUUUGUACACUUCACGACGGGUCUGGUGGUGAUGAUUCUGAUGUUGGCCUUCUUCUCUCUCUCCCUCCUCCUCAUCCUCCCCCUUCUCUUUUCCCUCUUCCUGGACGACUCUUGCGCCCCCAACCAGACCACCCGGCCAUGCUUCAACUCCAUGACAUUCGGUCUCACUCUGUCUUCCGAUACUACGUAUAAUGGAACCCAGAUAUGCUUCGGAGACGACGGAUUCUGCCCACGGCUGGAUAACUUGCAAAGAGGUUUCAUCUAUUGGUGUUCAGGUGGAUUCGGGGCCGCCCUUGGAAUGAUCAUUGUACUGAUGUCACACGCGGCCAAUUUCGCCCAUUUCUGGGACAUGAAAAAGAAUGAAAGCGAAGAAAAAUACGUCUUCUAGGCUCACUAAAACCUCUUUCUGCAUUUUAUAUUAAUUAAUGUGAUACCAUGUAUGGAGUAGGCUAUUUUUCUCUCCCCCCCCCCUCACCUCAUAUGAGCAUCAAUAUUAGUGUAAGGAGUGGCUUUACAAGGU